AUGGAGGCCUCACACAGUCUUCUCCUCAACGAAGAGGCUCUCCAGAGUUGUUCCGAACCGAGCCGCCCACUCUUCAUCUACGAAUGGCUUCGAUAUCUCGACAAGAUUCUUCCCGUUACGCAUAAUAACGAGUUGAAAGCGAUACAGCCCCGCUUAAUCGAACAACUGCAUCAACGUUUAUUGGGCGGAGUAGGGCCACCGACAAGGAUGUUGUUGGCAAAAUGUAUCUCGAAAACCUACGAUAUUGGUGACAUGUACAGCGUUUCGAAGACGAUCAACUUGUGCAGCGAUAUCUUGGAGUCAAAAGACGAGUCCACCAAUCAGUUGUCGAUUAAAUUAUCAGCUCUUUGCACUCUUGGAAGUUUAUUCGAGAAUCUGAAACGAAUUGCACUUGGUUCACACGAGAUUUUGUUCAACGUGAUGUCAAAAUGGUUAACAAGGGCUGAAUCUCAAGUACGGGGUGAAAUCAUGAGCACGAUGGCGAAAAUGGCAAAAGGACUUGGCUCAGGAGGCUCUAAGAUUCACAAGGACAUGUACAAAUUAGCAAAGAAAUACGCGGAAGAUCGAGUGAUGGUUGUUCGAAAUGCUUCACUACAGUGCCUACUUGCUUUGGUGCCCGCUCAUGUACCAAUUUUCACAACGGACCUCGAAGCGACAAUCACUUUAUGCACAAAGGCCCUCGACAAUAGCAAUUACGAGUGUAGAAUCAGUGUGGCCAAGUUGCUGGCUGUCGUUUUAUCAAAUGCACAUCAGCCACCACCGAAUUGUAUGAUGCCUGGUAAAUCAGUGCCACCGAUCCCAGUAAAACCCCUCCCUGCCGGAGAAUGCCUCCAACUCAUAUCGAUAGCGUUUUUGAAAGGAGGAAUCGGUGGAUGGAAGAGUGGAUCAAACAGUGCGAUGGCUGGUGGGCAACGUGAAGUACGAAUCGGGGCAGUCAUGGCUUAUGUCGAAUGGGUUCGCGAGAUGGGUGCGCUGUGGCUUGAGCGAAAUUUGGCUCUUUUCCUUCGGCAUUCCCUUGAUUUGGCAGCAAAAUGCGGUCCAUUAGCAUAUACAUCAAGCUCAACGCAACAAAUUGAAGCCGUGCAACUACGACGAUGCGUAUCUUUUAUCCUACGAGAAACGGUUGGGCGAAUGCUUUCUGAGAAUGUGCAAUUAACAGCGUGCAAAUAUUUGGGACAACUGCUAGCUGAAUACAUCAAUUCGCUGGACUACUCGGAUCCGACAGUUGACAGAGUGUUGAGCGCUGAGGACUACUCUUCAUGUUUUGCCGCCGAGGUCGCACUGCUGGAAUUGAGCUGUCUUGUAAGACAGAUCAGCACUCAAGUCACACCAUUAUUCAUUGAGGCCUCAGGUAUCAUGGAACCAGUGUUCGCCUGUCUUCUCCAUCCGUUGAAAGCCGUGCGAAUUGCUACUUCUUGGUGCCUUCGUUGUGUUACUCUUGCUGUUCCAUCACUUUUGACACCACUGAUCGAUCGAUGUAUUAGCCGACUUGAACACAUGAAAAGCUCGAGUGAUGCACUCUCUGGAUAUUCACUUGCCCUUUCCGCAUUGAUAGCAGCCAGCGCCGAUUGUAAUCUGGGAAUCCCGAGCGUCAAGUACUCGCAGGUGUUGAAUGUUGCCGAAGAUAUGCUUCGCACGGCUUCCCAACAAAGUCGUCUGGCUGUUGCGAGAAUAGAAGCGGGCUGGCUACUCAUUCAUGCGUCGACUGUAUUGGGAGUGAAUGUGAUGAAAAGCCAGAUGGGACGAGUCGUAGCAUUGUGGAAAGCCGCCUUCCCGAGGAGUGUCAAGGAGGCCGAGACUGAGAAAACUAGAGGAGAUGCGUUUUCUUGGCAAUGUACACUGGAAUCUCGAGUCGGAGCUUUAGCAGCAAUGUGUGCGGUGGCAAGUCAUCCCGAGCUCCUCGACGAACAAGAGAUAAAGAAAAGCAUGCUUUUACCCAUUGAAACGACUCUAAUUCUCAUGUCAAGUGUCGGCGUUUUGAUCAAGAACUUUGGUGUUCGUAUGCGACCUCUCGUGGCGAUGAUUCGAGUCCGUUUGUACACCCUUCUCGGCCAUUUGAACACGAAAUGUUACGAAAAUUUAUUUGCUCCACUUUUGCGAGAACUUGUUGCCGAUCUUACGUUGAGUGAUAACGCGCAGGCAACCCAUUCGACGAGCCUUGCAAUUUCUUUGUGCACUGGAGCCGAAACUACACUUCUUGCGCCGUGGCACGAUUUGAAUGAUCAAAGCAUGUUGGAAAAUACGCUCUCUGCUGCACAUAACGGAGCUGUUGGAUCGCCUGAAUUCGAGAGUACAUCUAUCGUCACAACAUCCGCCACCACACAAUCAACCUUUUGGCCCGAGCCUCUUCCCGCUGAGGUCCGAUGCAUUGAUAUGGCAGUGACAAUCUACGGCAGACUUUUUCCUUUUAUAUCAAGGAAGCACCAAGUACAGAUCACUGAGCACUUCGCAAGCGUAAUCAAAGAGCAAAAGAAUCCGAAUCGACAAAGUGUGAUUCAAAUGAAUGCCCUUUGUGCGAUUGUGUCAGCACUUCGAUCGAUUAGCGAAAACAAGGGAUCGAAAGUCGAGCAAGAGUCCCUAGCAAAGACGAUCUUCGAUUUUGUGAAAAAUGGGAUUACAUCUUCAUCGGUGACUAUUCGAUGUGUUUCGGCGGAAACCCUCGGACGAUUGGCGCAGACUGUUGGCGAUGCUCAAUAUGUUGCAUCGGUUGCUCAAUUUUGUUUCGGAAAGCUCGAAGCGGCCAGGGAUGUGCAGAAUAGGACAGGCUACGCUCUCGCUCUUGGCUGUUUGCACAAACAUGUCGGCUCGCUUGGAUCACCUCAUCAUCUGAAAACGGGAGUCGAGAUUUGUCUAGCGUUGGCCCAGGAAUCAAGCAGUCCUAUAGUUCAGGCCUGGGCUCUGGUUGCUCUGUCGCUAAUAGCGGAGACUGGUGGUGGAAUGUUCCGAGGAUUUGUCGACUCUGUGUUAUCCGUUUGCCUUCGUCUUCUACUCAACACAAGCAGCAGCAACACCGAAGUGGUCCUAUGCAUUGGAAAAUUGUUGAGUGCAUUGAUCACCUGUGUUGGACCAGAACUUGGUCUUCCGGGAAGCAUUGAAACGACACGAAUCUCUCUUCUUUCUGCGUGCGCUCUACAAUUUGCAUUCCCAUGUCCUCUUGUGAAAGCCGAAGCCAUUCAGGGUCUACAACAGAUGCACCUAUUUGCUCCACGUUACGUGAAUCUCCGGCACCUUGUUAUCGAUAUUGCUAGCUUGCUCUCAUGCUACGAUUUGUGUCUACGAAGAGCCGCAGUUUGUUGUUUGCGUCAACUUGUACAACGAGAGGCUCGAGAAGUGAGAGAACAUGCACAAGUAUUAGUGCCACAAGGUGUUGUUGACGAAGGAAAGAAAUUACCGCUACCCGAUACAGGAUUGGAGGGCGCCUUGUUCUCCAUGUUGGACGUGGAGAUUGAUGCGCUUUUGAGAUCCCACGUAGAAGAAACGUUGACAUCACUUGUUCAAGCAACGAGUGGAGAGCUGCUUUCAAAUUGGUUGCUUUUGUGCAAGGAACUUUUGGCCUCGAGUGCGAGUGACACCACAAGAAGCACGCUGAUUGUGGAAGAACCAAAAGAUGAAGAUAAAGAAGAUGAUGAAGAGGGAGCCGAUGACGUUACACUAGCAGGUCCAAAGGGAGCGGUCGCAGAAAAGGGAAAAGUGAUGCCGAGAUGGCCUACGAGGGUAUUUGUUACACAGAUUGUACAACGAUUGAUGACCGUUUGCGAUUCGGAAAGAGCGCAUCUUGAUCUUGCUUUGGCUAAAGAGCUGCAGAUUUCUUCUCAUGGUCGCGGUGAUUAUCUUGUGCUUCACCUUUCGGAUUUGGUGCGAAUGUCUUUCAUGGGAGCGACGAGUGAAAAUACGGAAUUGCGAUUAGCGGGAUUAUUCUCAUUACAGGAUGUGAUCACGCGUUUCUCUGCGGUUCCUGAACCCGAAUUUCCCGGCCAUGUAAUUUUAGAGCAAUUUCAAGCGCAGGUUGGUGCUGCCUUGCGGCCGGCAUUUACGGAAGAUACACCCGCUCAUGUCACAGCUGCGGCUUGUCAAGUAUGUUCAACGUGGAUAGGAAGUGGGGUAGCUAGAGAUCUGAACGAUUUGCGGCGAGUUCAUCAGUUACUCGUCUCAUCGCUUGGGAAGUUGCGUCACGGUUCGAUCAACACACAACUAUAUAGCGAGAGCGCCGCCACCUUGGAAAAACUUUCAAUUUUGAAGGCGUGGGCUGAGAUUUAUGUGACUGCAAUAGAACAAGAGAGGACUCCAGCAGCCAGAAAAGAAGAUGAUAUCUAUCCGUCGGGCUCAAAUGAAUCAUUGUUGUCGCUGGUGCAACCCGAAUUGGAGUCUCUUGUUGGAUAUUGGUUGGCUGCUUUAAGAGAUUCUGCUCUCCUCGCAUUACCUUCACAGUUCUCCGAGCAAUUGCCAACUGAUGGUGGCGCUUUUUAUCAGGCUGAUAGCAUAGAUGCGUCUCGAGAUUACUACAAACAAAGUUGGCCUCCUGUUCUUCUCGCAUCUGCUACUUGGCUAACAAAUAACAAUUUUGAGAUACCGAGCAAUGAGGAGGCUCCGAAAGUUUGGCCGGAUGAUUUGAGGGCAACGCGUCUCCACGUAAUGCUUGGACUGUGUAUUGAAGCUCUCUCAAGUCGGACAACUAGCAUUCAAGAUGAUGCCACUGUGCAGCAAUGUGUCCGUGCGCUAAACGCUUUCUUCUCGUGUGAAUGGGUCCAAUUACAAUUGAUGGGUGAUGUUCGAAUUGCGAUCGAGAUUAUCAACGUAAUGCACAGGCUUGUGCUAACUCGUGAUUGUCCAUUAACUCAGCAAGUUUGCAUCGAUUGUGCUUUCACCAUUCUCGAGGCAGCUCAAUCGGCGAUUCGAGUGAGCACACAAAAAGAUAUCGAAAAUGGAAACGUUGAACCGAUAGCUGCGGAUGUUCCCGAAACUCUUUUUGCUGGUGGAGAUGGGGCGGCUUUUGGAGAAACACCGAGUGGAUACGAAAAGGGAAAGGGUGCCGUUCCUCUAAGUAACACUCUCAGUUACGCUUUCUUGGAGUUAUGUCUUUGUGUGUUGGUCAGACAGAUGCCCCAGUUGAACAGUAGCGCCGUAAUGAAAUCUCGAUCGACGGCUCCAUUACAUCAACGACGUUUCGGAAGAUUGUCAGCAGAAAGCGCUCGACUUGUUCAGUCUGCUGUUCGUCUACUCUCACAGGUUCCCUCUCUCCUUCAUCCAUCGGCACUUCCUCCCACUCUGCCCGUCAUUCUUCAUUUGUGUCUCGGCGUCCUAAGAGAAUCUUCUCGUAUUGAUGAGUCAUCGAUUGUACCCGAUUUACCACCCGGUCAUCUGACAUCAAUUGCAACUGCGGCCAUACAAGCAAUCCGCACAUUGUGCUCGUCUCCGCCCACCUCGCAAGCUGUUUUGAGUCUCUGGUUGACGGUUGUUCGGAGUGGAAUUUACUCGACUUUGCUGAUGAUUGAAGGACCUGAACCCGUUGACGAAUGUGUUGUGUUGGUGGCAGCCGCUCUUCUUUGUGCUUCGGUUCCAAAAGCAGCAGUGCUUGGACAUUCAGAAUCACUUCAGCGACUUUGUGCCUUGGCAAAGCGACAACUGAUCAGCGAGCAUCCACAGGUUAAAAUCCGCACCCUCCAAGCGCUUUCAUCUCUCUUUGGACGAAAGGACGUUACAGCUGUUUUUGCCCGUCAAAUUGGACCGGACAUUUAUGCGCUCAUUAAGCCUUAUGUGGUUGGAGAAAAUGCAAACAAACUAGCACAGGAUCUCUCGGAAGAACAAUUGUGUGUGCUAACGGAAGCCAUCAAGGCUCUUGAAAUCAUUGUCGGAGCAGCUCAUGCUAAAUCAAAAUUGUCGAUUUUGAAUGUGCUUGUUCAAUCACUUUGCGGCUUGAUCAUGUGCACAAAUCAAGAGGAGUGGCGAGCACUCUCAUCGACGGCUCGGAAACUUCACGAAAUGACUCUGCAACGACUGAAUGCAAUUGCACCUCUUCAUCCGGUUGAUUUCAAAACGGUUCUCUCCGCUCAUCCAUCUCUGAAGCGACGAUUGGAAACCGCGCUUCUCUUCCAAACCUCGAGAAUCACGCAAACAAAUCAAAUGCAGAGGCAACGACAAGCUGAAAUGGCUAAGGUGAAUGCUUCCAAUGGCCACCGCCGCCGAAUAGACGAAGAAAUUUUGUCCAGCUUUAUUGCUUCACUUGGU